UCUUACUAUUUUCAGCACAGUAAUAACUCUAACAUCAGGGGAAACGGCUGGCUCACAGGAGGUGGUUGUCAAUUGAAAUAUAGCUCAGUUGCCAAGAGAAAUUUCGGAAAGUCCAAGUACUUGUGGAAUCAGACGAAAACAAUCUUCCACUUGGAAGCAACCCAAACCUGGCACUGAUAAAGCACUGUGUCCUUAGUCAGGGGCUUCCCUCCAAGGGAGCAAUUAGAACUGUAGAGACAUUGAUACAUGCUAACCUUAGGUGACCUUCUCCAACCACUCUCACAAUUUAGAAUGAAGAAAAUCAACAUGAGAGGCUGCAUGAGCCUUCUCCUGGCUUCUCAAUCACUCUAACAGCUAAUGCUGAAAAAUGACUUAUCUUGCUUUCCAUUUGUUCUGACACAACUGUUUGCUUCUUUUCUAUCAGAGUCAGCUGAAAACUCUCCUGGCUAUUGGUGGCUGGAACUUUGAGACUGCUCAGUAAGUUUUUCGAGAUGACUUCCUCCAUUGAUUUUACUACAAGGCACUGGGACUACCAAGGCAGUCCCUCACCCUGCCUUCUUUGGGUCUCCUUUAGCUUCGCCUCCAUGGUUUCCACUCCUGAGAACUGCCAGACUUUUAUUGCCUCAGUCAUCAAAUUCCUGUGCCAGUGUGAGUUUGAUGGGCUGGACUUUGAUUGGGAGUAGACUGGCUGUCGUGGGAGCACACCUCAGGGGAAGCAUCUCGUCACUAUCCUGGUGCAGGUGAACUGCAUUCCGUAUCAUUUUGACUGGAAACCACACAACGAGUCUCCUUUGAAAGAUCAUUGAAGCUGUAUAGAAAACCUAGCUCCCUAAGUGGGAAAUAAAGGACCUGGAGACCCUAUUCUAGUGAGGAUGCUGAAGAAAGAAGGAUGAAAGAGAUUCAUUCAAAGAGUUGUCAUGGAAGUCAACUUAUAGUUGAUAUUCACAGACUUUCUCCUACUCAUGUAUAGGAAAUGCAUGAAGCUUUUGAGCAGGAGGCCAAGCAAAUCAACAAGCCCAGGCUGACGGUCACCGCUGCAGUAGCUGCUGGCAUCUCCAACAUCCAGUCUGGGUAUGAGAUUGCCCAGCUAUCCCAGUACCUGGACUAUAUCCAUGUCAUGACCUAUGACCUCCACAACUCCUGGGAGGGCUGCACUGGAGAGAACAGCCGCCUCUACACAUACCCAACUGACGCUGGCAGCAACACCUACCUCAGUGUGGAUUACGGCAUGAACUGCAGGAAGGACGAUGGGGCCCCAGCUGAAUAGCUCAUUAUUGAAGUCCCAGCCUAUGGACACACCUUCAUCCUGAGCAACUCCUCCAAUACCGGCAUUUGCGGCCCCACCUCUGGCACUGGUCCUGCUGGGCCCUGCACCAGGCAGUCUGGGUUCUAGGCCUACUGAGAGAACUGUACCUUCCUGAAGAAUGGAGCUCCUGAAGUGUGGGAGGCCCCCGAGGAUGCUCCCUGUGCUUACAAAGGGAAUGAGUAUCUUGGAUAUCACGACACCAGGAGCUUCAAAAUCAGGGCUGAUUGACUGAAGAAGAAAAACUUUGGAGGUGCCAUGGUCUGGACCGUCUGUUUGGAUGACUUCCUGAGUACUUUCUGCAACCAGGGCAAAUUCCCCCUGAUCACCACCCUGAAGGAUGCCCUGGGCCUGCUGAGUGUGGGUUGCAAAGCCCCAGCCCAGCCCAUUGCUCCCAUUGUGGAGGCUCCCAGUACAGACAGCUCUGCAGGCAGCCUCAGUGGCGGUGGGUUCUGUGCCAACCAGGCUGACAAAAAUGACCCAACAACCCUGACCCUGGACAAAAAUGCCUUCUACAGCUGUGUGAGUGGACAGACUUUCACUCAGCACUGCCAGUCUAGCCUAGUCUUUGAUGCCUCCUGCUCCUGCUGUAACAGGUGA